UAUAAAACAACUUUUAAACAAGAACUCUACAAUUUUGGGCUAGAUAGCAACCAAAAAAUGGCUUCCAAUGACGCCAACUUAAAAAACAGCCGAUUUUUAACCGCGUCUGAAGUCACAGAAAUUUAUUAUCUUAGUAAAAAACAAGAAAUAUUGGCUAAAGACUUACUGGCCAAAAAACUUGGUAUUGCAACUGUUUAUGAUAAAAAUGAUACACAAAAACCACUUUUUAUCGACUAUAUUUUUGACAACAUAAAGUUUUCUGCAGAAAAAGGUUUUCCAUGGCAACAUAUUUCAAUUGUAGUAAAGUUUGCCCAUGAGUUCUUAAAGAGAAUUUUAGUUGAAAACCAUAAACUUGGUGAUGCUCUGUUGGACCUGAAGUCUCUCUCCCAUCUAUUAGAACCACUCAGUGAUCACCAUCAGAAGCAGUACUUAGACUUCAUAUAUGACACUGUGCUGACCCACUACAACCUUUACAAAUAUGUCUUCUCUACUCCGCGUGAAUUAAAUCAUCCAAAGAUCCACAGGCUUGUUAAAAUUCCUCCUAAGCCAUUUCCUCUUGGCUAUGCAAAAGAAAAAGCUGUGUAUGAAUAUGAUGAAAAAAUCAAAGCACUUGACAAGCUAGAGGCUCAAACUAUUAUGCAAUUAAAAGAGAAUCUUUUGAGUAAAGACACCUUCAGCUCACAUAAGACUGUCAGUCAAAUUGAUGGUGUUCCACUUCCAUACAGCAAAAUGUCACUAGAGGAACUUUUGAAAGAUGUAUUGUCUGGUGUCAUGGAAAUAAAAGGGAAUGAAUUUCUUUUUAAUGCAAAUGAGGCUGUUGAAGAGUUGUCUUUCAAAUUUGAAAAGGCCAUUGUUCCUCGACCUGUUGUUCUUGGCUCUCCUCCACGCUAUGAAUUAAAGAAUGACCCUCGGGCAACAACUUCCAGCAAAAGUAGAAAAUCCAUAAUGCUUAGUAAUUCAACUAACAAAUAAAUGGCACAAACAAAC